AUGGCUGGUGAGAACAAUGUGGACCAGAUCACGAGCGAGCUCGAUAAAGUCCAAGUUAAUGGAAACGGAAAGCUUCCCGCGGAGUCCGCGCCAACAGGAGUGAAGGAAGAAAAGACCAACGGCAACGAUAAAAAAGCCGAAGAAGACGCUGACGAUGAUGAGGAAGACGACGGAGAGGAUGAAGGCUCUGCUGACAAGAAGAAAAAGAAGAAGAAGAAGAACAAGAAGAAGAAGAAGUCUGGAAACAAGCAAAGUGAACCUCCUACUGUUCCUUUAUCAAAACUGUUCCCCAAUCAGAUCUACCCCGAAGGAGAAAUUGAGGAAUACAGAAAUGAUAAUACGUGGAGGACAACAAAUGAGGAAAAGAGGUACCUAGAACGAUCCAACCAAGACCAUUAUAAUGAUUUGAGAAAAGCUGCUGAAGUACAUCGGCAGGUGCGUCAAUAUGCUAGAAAGACCAUCAAACCUGGAAUGACCAUGAUCGAAAUUGCUGAUUUGAUUGAGAAUGGCACUCGGGCGUUGGUCGAAGAAAAUGGUAUGGAAGCUGGUAUUGGUUUCCCUACUGGACUUUCCUUGAACGACUGUGCUGCACAUUACACACCCAAUGCUGGUGACAAGACCGUUUUAUCUUAUGACGAUGUGCUGAAGGUUGAUAUUGGCACUCACGUGAGAGGCCGUAUAUGCGACUCUGCAUUUACUAUGAACUUCAAUCCAAAGUUCGAUAAACUGAUUGAAGCAGCUAGAGAGGCUACUAAUGCUGGAAUCAAAGAAGUUGGCAUAGACGUACGUGUAUGUGAUAUUGGUGCUGCUGUUCAUGAAGUCUACGACUCCUACGAAAUUGAAUUGGAUGGCAAAACAUACGAUAUCAAGCCCAUUCGCAAUUUGACCGGACAUACCAUUGAACCAUAUCACAUUCAUGCUGGCAAAUCAGUUCCAAUUGUCCGUGAUUCUGGUGAUGAAUCCAAGCUUGAAGAAGGUGAAUGGCUUGCUGUAGAGACCUUUUGCUCGACUGGCCGUGGAUAUGUUAUUGAGCAAGGAGAAUGCUCUCAUUACGCCAAAUCCUUUGACGCUAGCUUCGUACCAUUGAGAUUGCCAAAGGCCAAGUCACUGCUAGCAACCAUCAACAAACAUUUCGGUACUUUGCCGUGGUGUAAGCGAUAUUUGGAUAGAACUGGCGAGGAGAAAUAUGCUAUGGCAUUGAAGAAUCUUGUCGAUAAUCGCAUUGUCACAGCCUAUCCACCACUCCACGAUACCAAAGGUAGUUACACUGCACAGAUGGAGCAUUCUAUUCUCCUCCGACCAACCGUCAAAGAAGUUAUCUCCAGAGGUGACGAUUAUUAA